CCUGCAUAUAAAAUGCAAUAUUCGUACCAACUGAGCUAAGCUCACGGGGACAAUGUUUCAAAGUUAAUAAAGGUGUAAUAGGAUUUGUUUCUAAAAAAAAAGUUGUAAUAAGGUUAGAUUGGGGGACACGUAACAAAGCAAACAUAUAUAAUAAGCUUUCUUAGUCCACAAACUAGUCUGUAACUUUUUCUACACUCCACCGUUCGAGUUUGUGAGACUGAGACCUAAUAACUUCACCCCUUCCAAUUUUCCAAUUUGUAGCGCCACAACCAUGAUGCGCCGUAAUGCGGUCGUUGCUUGGAAGAAACUUCUCCAGCACAAAGAAUUUGGAUCCAAAGUUCAAUCCGUGAGGGAAAGCUUGCGUCUUUGGCAAGAUCAAUUUAUUCGUGCAAUUCACGAGAAGAAACUCAAGUUGCAAUCUUUGCAUGCUAUAGCUGUAGGGAGAGACAUGAAAAGGCUUGAAAUGCAACUGCGCAAAUAUGUUACAAAGAAAAAGAUUCAGGACCGUGUUCACUUUGUUAAGGAAACCCCGGCACUGGCUCCUUACCCAGCUUUUAUUGAUGUUCCUUCUAAGGCACGGGGAGAAUAUUUUGGAAAGAUAACCAUAGAACAGGGCGAAAAGGUUAAAAGCACUGUGGAGAUUGAGGUGAUUGGGACACCCGGUUUUAUGCAAUCUGUGGCAACUCAUGUUAAGAAGAGGCUGACUAUGGGAAAGAAAGCGUGUGGGAGAGUGAAAGAGAGGUUUCAGGAGUACCAUAUGUCGUCACAUAGAAAUUGCAGUGGUUCUCAAGGAAGUUUCACUGAAGUCAGCCACAAAUUACUUGUUUAGCAUUAAGUUGUAAAUACUGAUUCCAAAGAAAGAGGGAGAAUGGUUCGGUGAGAAAUGAAUGACUUGUAUACCUCACUUCCUUUGUUCUUUGUAUGAUAUGGGUAGGGCUGAAAAAACGAGUCGAGUUCGUUAGAAUCUUUUUUUCAACUUAAACUCGAUUUAAUUUAAG